AUGAGCACCCGCUUCCAAACUCGCACAUACACCUUCGACCCGCGGCCCGCCUACCCGCUCCUCACAGUCGCGAAGCGCUACUGGCGGGCCCCCGCCUCCACCUUUAACUCUGACUCUUACUCGCCCGACUCUUACUCGCCCGACUCUGAACCCUUGGCAGACCCCGACCCCGACCCCGACGCGCUCACGCUGAUCUUCGCGCACGGAGGGAGCUUCCACAAGGAGCAGUGGGAGCCGACGAUUGAUGAUUUGUGGGUGUUGCUUGAGGGCGGUGUAAAUAUUAAUGAAGAGGGGAAGGAGGGAAAUGGGCAUGGGAAGAAGAAGAGACCGAAGGUCCGCGAGGUCUGGACGAUCGACGCUGCGAACCACGGUGCAGCCGCGAUCCUGAACGAGGGCACGCUCAAGCUCGGGUACGAGUCCAUAUUCGGAUGGGAAGAGUACGCCCGGAGCAUCCACCUGCUCCUCUCCGGGCUCGGUACAGGGCUCGCCGGCGUCGACUUCUCAACACACAACCUCGUCGGGAUCGGGCACUCCAUGGGUGCCGUCUCCUUAACACUAACCCUAGGCUACACCCCCCCACGCCCCUUCCGCUCCUUCAUCCUCGUCGAGCCCAUGAUUAUGGCCCCCGCGUUCGGCUCCGGGGCCGUGCGCAUGCUCGUCAGCGGCGGCGAGAAGCGGCGGGACAUCUGGCCUUCGCGGGCGGAGGCGUACGCGCUCUUGCGGGCGCGCGGGACGUGGAAGGCGUGGGACGAGCGGGUGUUGAGGCUGUAUAUGGAACACGGCCUGAGGGACCUCCCUACGCUCGACUAUCCCGACCAGACGGGCGUGACGCUGAGCUGUACGAAAGCCUCGGAAGUGGCAUGCUACCGCGACCCCAUCGGCUCUCUCCGCCUCUACUCCAACCUCCAGAGCGUCAUCUCACGUGUACCGACACACCUGAUCUACGGAGCCAUUGACGAUUACCUCCCAGAAGAAGUGAAAAGAGACGUUGUCGAGAACGCCGCGGGCGGACUGCAGAACUUGGGAUCAUUCGCCAGGGUUGAAAGCGCCGGUCAUUUGGUCCCCCAACUCAACCCGCGCGGCCUCGCCUCCAAGAUCUACGACGCCCUCGUCAUAAUCUCGAAUUCGAACUCCAACUCGGGCUCGAGGAGACAGCCAUCAAGGCUCUAG